AUGUGCAGAGUUCCUCCCCCUCCACACGUCUCCGAGGCCGGUGUCUUUGAACCCGCCGCUCACACAAACGUCCACGUCACGGGAAGGUCACGCACACACGGGUCAAGGGGAGGCCGCCGUGCCGCUCCCUCAGGACCCAGGGCCAUAUAUGACGGGGACAGGGUCACGGCGGGGGGUCCCAUCUACUUGACUCCGGUGGGGGUUGUCCACAUUAUGCCUACAGCUGCUGCAGGAGACGGAGGAGUGAGUGUCUGCCUCAGAAUGAUCCAUCUUCGGGUGGACAGCUCCGGGGGCCCCUCCUGGUCCCAGCCGCAGCCACACUGCAGCAGCCAGAUGGGCUCCGUGUCCCCGUGUCCCCGUCCCCCCCAGACUCACUCACUCUGGGGCCUUGGAUUAAUAUUCAGCCCCAGCCCAAGCUAUCGGGGUAAUUGA